CGUCCCAAGAUUGGUUCCAGCUUCAAUGCCAGACUGAUUUCCUAUUAGAGCUAGAGGUGCUUGCUUAGCUUGAGCAGAACGUGCUGGGCCAUUCACCGGCGGGGACAAACAAUCAACCAUUUUGAAUCUCACCACUUGCCAAAAUGGAUUAUCGUGUAUGAAUUGAAAAUAAUGGUAAAAUAAAUUUUUGACAAGUGAGUAUAAUUCAUGAAGAAUUAAACUAGUUGUAUCUCAAAUUAUACAUUAUAGAGGUGUAAUUCUCACUGGCUUCGGAGAUUCUCCGCCCAGGAUAGGGAAAAGUCCAGAUCUUCUCAGAUCCUUUUAUCGCGCUCCUUCCAAAUCUGGAAAACGAUGAUGCCUGGGACAAUGGCUUUUAGAGCACCGCACACCAAAUCCGUCGCCCCUGCUCAGAGUCACUGCCACCGGAGAAGAAACAGAAUCCAACAGCUAUUUCUAAUCUGCCCUGUUCCGUAUUGCAUUGUGCAGGAGAUUUUGCUCCAGUUACGGGAUUCAAAUUUGGCAGUGCAACCGACCGUGAAAGAGAAUACAUCGAACCCGUGGACAUCAGUAAACAUUACUUCGGAGGCAAAAAAGUUGUGGCACGAAGAAGUGAAAGUGGCAUUUGAAGGUUUGAGGAGAAAUAGAAACAGAGAAGAGAUAGACACAGUGAAGCUAGGAGUAUUUUUUUUCCUUCUGGGUACUAUGUCACUGAAAAUCAGAAAUGCAUGAGACUUUACCCACUAUAUUUGCACUUGGUUGUUGACAUUGAGCAAUUCAUUGCGUAUUCGUAGGGGAUGAGAUUUUGGAUGACUUGGUAGAGGACACAUCAAAGUGUUCUCUUAUACUCCAUAGAAGAAACUAGUACCAAAGACUGUUUCACGUUCCUUGGAUUUUUAUUCGCCUCACAGAUUUGGGCCUUGGAGACCUUUCUAGCUGGUCAAGGAAGAAGUUCACAAAUUUUUAGGAAGUCGCAGGACAAUGUGGCUACAUGGACUACAAUGAGCUACACAAUGAAGCAUGUGGUCGGCGAGAAAUAAUUUUUGGUAACGUGGAGGUAUGAUCUCAUGUUGUUAUUAAUCCUAUCCUUUCUAGUUUGAGUUGAAGGAAAUGAUGUCAGCUGAUGCAGAGGUUAAUGAACACUUUUACAAUCAAAUAUGCCAUGGACCGUUUACUUCCUUUCUAACCUCACCAAUGCUUUCUGCAAUAUUCAGUUUUCUACACAUGCUGGUGUACCCCAUGCCAAAUGCGAUUCCUGUAGGGCAAGACCAAAGCAUGUAGGGGAUCCUCAAAUGUACUAAUAUUGCAGAAAACAUUGGUGAGGUUAGAGGUUAGACAUUGCAGAAACAAUCGCGUCGGGCAAGACCGAAACAUUGCAGAAUCAAUCAAGAUUAAAUCAGUUUUUUUUUUAAUUACAAUUUGUGCAAAACAAAAAUAAAGCAAGGGAAAAACUUUCCAACCAUGCAACCGUGCAGGGGCAGGGCUGUAAAGCCGGGAGAUGGAGGCAACCGAGCACCGAAAGGGUCAAGACGGAGAGCGAGGAACGGAAGGGGGUUAGGGGGAUAAGAACUAUCAAUUUUGCAAACCGAGCACUGAAGAUGCUCCAAAAAUAUUGGCAUUGGAGUGGCACCGUUGGCCAGUGUCAACAAAACCCCACUCUGAAUAUAAUAAAAUAAAAUUUUGAAACUGCGGGUGAUAAUAUAUGCCCAACUUAGAUAGACUAGUUUUUUCUAUAUAUACCUUUAUGUGUUGUAUUUUUCUUAGUUUUAGGGAACGUGAAAUCUUUAGGGAAACCAACCAAUCUGUAACACUUGCUUGCUGGAUGGCUUGAUUUCUUGCAGUGGUCACAGGACCCACAAAAUAUUGUGAUAUCGUGGGUGGAGAAUUUCUCAUGCUCUUGUUUAUAAAGUAAAAAUCAUGCUUAAGAGUCAAGCAAACACAUGAGAAUGGGUUUCUUUAGCUCCAUUAGCCAGCCCCUCCUCGGCUACCCUUCAGCUCGCCGGGACGAUUCCGUCAUCGACAAUUACCAUGGCGUUCUUAUUUCCGACCCGUACCGAUGGCUUGAGAAUCCCGACUCAGACGAGACGAAGGAAUUCGUGGAGAAGCAGGGGGAGCUGACAACCACGGUACUGAGCACCUGGUGCGGCGAUACCAGACACAAACUGAAGAGAAAGCUGACGCAAAUCUUCGAUUACCCAAAGUACGGCAUUCCUUUCAGGGCCGGCACGGGCAAGUACUUUUACUUGCACAACACCGGGCUCCAACCCCAGGGUGUCCUUUACUGCGUCAACGAAGACGGGUUGGGGGAUGGAGAAGAAGGGGAGGUUUUGGUAGACCCGAACGAGGUGAGCCAAGAUGGGAGCGUGGCGCUGAGAAUGUGGAGUGUGAGUGAGGAUGCUAAGUUCUUGGCUUAUGGCCUUACUUCUAAGGGGAGUGAUUGGGUGACUAUAAGAGUCAAGGCUGUUGAUGAUAAGAGGACUUUGGAGCCUGAUACUCUCUCCUGGGUCAAGUUUUCUGGUCUUAGCUGGACAAAAGACUGUAAAGGAUUUUUCUACAGCCGAUACCCAGAUCCUCUUACAGAGGGUGGAGGAAACAACAAUAAUGUGGAUGGCGUCAAUCUAAACCAUCAAUUGUAUUAUCAUUUCUUGGGCACACACCAAUCCGAAGAUAUCCUAUGCUGGAAAGAUUCCGACAAUCCUAAACAUAUGGUUUCCGCCUCAGUUACAGACGAUGGGAAGUAUGUUGUUUUGUAUAUAAUGGAGAAUUGCGACCCGGCCAACAAAGUUCAUGUGUGUGAGUUGUCUGCUCUUCCAAACGGGCUCGAAGGUUAUAGAGGGACAACGGGUGGUCUCCCGUUUACGAAGCUGGUCGACGGUUUUGAUGCAUCUUAUGAUUUCGUUGCGAAUGACGAAACCAUUUUCACCUUCCACACAAACAAGAAUGCUCCAAGGUACAAGUUAGCCAGAGUGGAUGUUAGAGUAGAGCCUAGGGGUGCUUCUUGGUCCGAUGUUGUCCGUGAGGACGAAAAGGACGUGCUCCAAUGUGCAGUGGCUGUGAACCAUGACAAACUGGUUGUGAAGUAUUUAAGAGACGCGAAGAACGUUUUGCAGCUGAGAGAUUUGAAAACGGGUAAAUUUGAACACAAUCUCCCAAUAGGAAUUGGAAGAGUUUGUGGGAUCUCAGCGCUUCGCAGGGACAGUUCUGCGUUUAUUGGUUUUACCAACUUCCUAACCCCUCAAACCAUAUAUGAGAUCAACCUCCAAAAUGAGGUCCUAGAGAUGAAAACGUUCCGCGAAGUUACUGUCCCAGGCUUUGAUCCUUCUGGUUUCAAUGUAAAUCAGGUGUUUGUGCCAAGCAGAGAUGAUGAUAGAGUUAAGAUACCCAUGUUCAUAGUUUCUCCAAAGGGUAUCCCCAUGGACGGUUCGAGCCCUUGUUUGCUCUACGGGUACGGAGGGUUUAGCACCAGCCUCACGCCGUGUUUCUCUGCAGCGCAACUGGUGUUGGCAAAACAUUUAGGGGUUGUCUUCUGCUCUGCGAAUAUAAGGGGAGGGGGAGAGUACGGUGAGGAGUGGCACAAGGCGGGCGCCCUUGGCAACAAGCAGAAUUGCCUCAAUGAUUUCAUUUCUGCAGCUGAGUAUUUGGUUCAGGCUGGUUUCACUCAACCAACCAAGUUGUGCAUUGAAGGUGAAAGCAAUGGUGGACUUGUCAUGGCAGCAUGUAUCAAUCAGAGACCUGAUCUAUUUGGUUGCGCUCUCAUCCACGUUGGCGUCACCGACAUGCUUAGAUUUCACAAGUUCACCAUUGGCCAUGCAUGGACCUCUGAGUUUGGAUGUUCGGACAAGGAGGAAGAGUUCCAUUGGCUGAUCAAAUAUUCGCCGUUGCAUAAUGUGAGAAGACCUUGGGAACAAACUCCAUGUCUAGCGUCGCAAUACCCAUCCACCAUGUUAUUGAGCGCCGAUCACGAUGAUCGCGUCGUGCCCUCACACACGUUGAAGUUCCUAGCGACAUUGCAACAUGUGUUAUGCAUGAGGAGAACUGAUGCGAAGUGUGCGGCGCUGAUGCAAAGAAACCCCAUUGUGGGCCGCAUUGAGCGAAAUGCGGGCCAUGGGUGCGGGUGUUCGACACAAAAAAUGAUUGACAUGGCUGCAGACAGGUAUGCAUUCAUGGCUAGAGCUCUGCAUGCGGACUGGAGAGAGUAGAUAGAUACCAGAGGACAAGGCCAUAUAAGUGAUCCUCAAUUGCUAGAAAUCCAUUUACUUUCUCUUUUUGUCCAUUAAAAAGUUAGUUCCUUU